AUGCGUCUCGGCAAGAUCACGGUUGUCCUCGCCAGCGCCGCCUCCGCCCUCGCUGUGCAGACUGACGACCUCAUUGCGGCAUUCAACAUGGUCAACCAGGCCCGGGGCGAGCGCCGCGUCAAGCCGCUCUCCUGGAGCCCCGACUUGGCCGCCUACGCGCAGCUCUGGGCCAACCUCAUGGCCAGCGUCCAGGUGCCUUUCCAGCACGCCGGCGGAGCCUAUCGCCCGUCGCAGGGCGAGGUGCUCUACGUGCAGACGGCUUCCGGGUGCCAUCCAGCCUACGACGCGCCGUACCAGUCGGCCAUGAGUGCUUGGCUCGGCCAGGCGCCGCUGUAUGACGGCAAGGCCAUCACGACGGGACACGAGCCGUGGCUUCACUGGUCGCAAUGCAUGUGGUCGGGGUCGACGGAGAUUGGAUGCGGGCGCGCCUACAGCAUCUCGGAUGCAUACAAGAUCUAUGUCGUUUGUCGGUUCAGCCCCGAAGGCAACGUCGCGCCCGCUGCCCUUGAAAGCUCCGAUCCAUCCCAGCUCGGCGAUGCCCAUCGAGGCACCCUCGCGCCCAUGAUGGAACGAUCAAAACCCCAGGCGUUUCAAUCCAGCUAUGCGCCGCGCCUGCGGACAUACAAAAACUCGCUGCUCACCCCCGUGCUGCCCAGCGCGCCCACCGUCAACCCCCUAUCCCGGACGACGAAGCGCGGCACCACGAUAAUCAACUACGCCGAGGACGGCUACGACGACCUCGAGGACGACAGCGAUGACCCCCGAAGGCGGCCCACCGGUCUGCGCAGCCUGCGCAUGCAGGAUUUGUCCAAGGGCCAGGACUGGUCUGGCAAGGCGGGCAAGGAAACCUACGAGCCUGUACAGCUCCAGCCGAUAUGGCGCGACUGGAUGGGCAAGACGAGAGCAAUCCGGAGCGAUCAGCAGAACGCGGCUCAGUCCAACCUGCCGCUGGUGCUGAUACCGAUCCGCAUCGACCUCGACGUGCCCUCCUUUGUCCCUCACCCGCCCUUUCCCCCGCCCAACACGCCCGGCGUCGACCUUUCGCUGCCCCAGUACCGACAGCAGGAGGUGACGGUGCCCUACAAGCUGCGCGAUAUCUUCUGCUGGAACCUGCACGAAACCCUCAUCACCACCGACCAGUUCGCGCAGACGCUAGCCCAGGACCUGGACCUUCCAAACCGCCAACACGCUGCCGCGGACAUCAGCAAGCAGAUUCGCACACAGCUCGAAGAGUACGCGGGUGUCGCUCUGCAUCCUAUUUUCCACACCGAUCAGCCUGUCCCGCCGCAGCAGCCGCAACCGGUAGCAAACGCAACCACAACGAGAGAUAGACCUUUGACCAGAGACAUCUCGCCAUACUCCGCCGCGCGUUAUCUGUCAAGGGCAGACACGCCAUCGCAGGCGCCGGUUACUGUACCAAUUGCUGCGCCAGUAACACCAGCACCAGGCCAGACUCCUGGUGUGCCUGCUGUCACGGCCGAAGCUACAGCCAUUACGCCCGACUCGGACGACUUCAACCCCGAUGACACGUACCGAUGCAUCAUAAACCUCAACCUCAACAUGUCUUCCCAACUGUAUACUGACAAAUUCGAGUGGUCGCUGCUUCACCCGCCCGGUACGGCAGAGGUAUUCGCCAAGACAACGUGUGCCGACCUGGGCCUGAGCGGUGAGUGGGUUCCAGCCAUGACGCACGCUAUCUAUGAAGCCGUUUUGCGGCUAAAGAAGGAGGCCUGCGAGGUUGGCGGACUCGUCACCGGCUGGGGCGGCCUCCAACAGGAGCUGCCCAACGACGCCGCUCUCGGCACGGAAGCCGGCUGGCGCUACGAUCCGGAGCACCUGGCCCAGGACUGGGAGCCCAGGAUUGAGAUACUCAGCAAGGAGGAGAUGGAGAAGCGCGAGGGCGACCGCGAGCGCCAGGUGCGCCGCCUGCGACGAGAGACGGCGCGAUUCAGCUCGACGACGGGCAUGCUCACGGGGACGCCGCUCGCUGGGGUCGGCGCAUCCGUCUCCACGCCGUUUGAGCCCGAGGAGGAGCGCAUGGGCCGCGGCGAGCGAUCCAAGAAGAAGCGUCGCUUCCGCAGCCUCAGUCCUCUGGGUCGCGGCGGCACACCCGGCGGGCGCGGAACGCCUGACGCGGGCGGCUAUGGCGGAGGCGGCGCCCUCACGGACCUGGAGCGCUCUAACUGGCGGUGUCUGCAUUGUCGCAUCUGGGGCUCCUGCGUGUGGGCGGUCCGCGAUGGCCCGGCAGGUCCUAGGACGCUCUGCGCCAACUGCGGCGUCUUGUACGAACGCGAUCGCAAACUCCCUCGCCAGACCAAGAAUUUACAUUUACAAGAUGUGCGCGCGGGGUAA